GUGUCAGUGUAGAUGUGUUUAGCUCACAUUUGCUGUGGUGUUUUUGUACAGUUGAGCUCAUGGAUGGAUAAACCCUGUCAAACGUUUAACGGCUACAAAUAAUCAAGUCAUUCUGCUGCAGGUCUCCGUUAAUGCUAGCCAGGUAUGGCGCUGUGGAUUCAGGCACAGCAGCUGCAGGGGGAUGCCCUGCAUCAGAUGCAGUCUCUCUAUGGGCAGCACUUCCCCAUCGAGGUGCGCCACUACCUGGCACAGUGGCUGGAAGCUCAGCUGUGGGAUGCCAUCGACCUGGAGAACCAGCAAGACGAGUUUAAAGCAAAGCGUCUGCUGGAUGGUCUGAUCCAGGAGCUGCAGAGGAAGGCAGAGCAUCAGAUGGGUGAAGAUGGUUUCCUGCUGAAAAUUAAACUGGGCCAUUAUGCAACGCAGCUGAAGAGUUCGUAUGACCCCUGCCCUCUGGAGCUUGUGCGGUGUGUUAAACACAUCCUGUACACUGAGCAAAGACUUGUACAGGAAGCAUCCAACACCAGCAGCCCAGGGUCAGGUCCAGUUGAUGGCACCCCUCAGAGAUAUCAGCAGAUCAACCAGACAUUUGAGGAGCUACGUGUUAUGACUCAGGACACUGAGAACGACCUUCGCAAGCUGCAGCACAGUCAAGAAUACUUCAUCAUUCAGUACCAGGAGAGCUUAAGGAUACAGGCUCAGUUGAGUAGUUUGACCAGCAUUCCUCCAGCUGAGCGUGUUCAGAGAGAAUCGGGUCUGCAGAGCAGGAAGUCCACUCUAGAGGCCUGGCUCACACGAGAGGCCAACACAUUACAAAAAUACAGACAGGAAUUGGCAGAGAAGCAUCAGAGGACUCUAGCUCUGUUGAGGAAACAGCAAACCGUGAUCGUAGAUGAUGAACUGAUUCAGUGGAAGAGACGACAGCAGCUCGCAGGCAAUGGAGGACCAUCAGAGGGAGGAUUGGACAUACUGCAAGCUUGGUGUGAGAAGUUGGCGGAUAUGAUCUGGCAAAACAGACAGCAGAUUCGCAGAGUUGAACACCUGACACAGCAGCUGCCCAUUCCCGGACCCACAGAGGAACUGCUCACUGAACUAAACGCUACUAUCACAGACAUCAUUUCGGCACUCGUCACCAGCACAUUUAUAAUUGAGAAACAGCCUCCUCAAGUGCUGAAGACUCAAACCAAAUUUUCGGCAACGGUUCGCUUGCUGGUCGGAGGGAAACUCAAUGUCCACAUGAAUCCUCCACAGGUUAAAGCCACCAUCAUCAGCGAACAGCAGGCCAAGGCCUUGCUAAAGAAUGAAAACACCCGCAAAAGUGACAGUAGCGGAGAGAUUCUGAACAACAACUGUGUGAUGGAGUACCACCAAACCACUGGCACCCUGAGCGCACACUUCAGGACCAUGUCUCUGAAACGUAUAAAGAGGUCAGACCGCCGUGGGGCAGAGUCAGUGACUGAAGAGAAGUUUACGGUUCUGUUUGAGUCUCAGUUCAGUGUGGGAGGCAAUGAACUUGUGUUUCACGUAAAGACAUUAUCCCUGCCUGUUGUGGUCAUCGUUCAUGGGAGUCAAGACAAUAAUGCUACAGCGACAGUACUGUGGGAUAAUGCUUUCUCUGAGCCAGGUCGUGUGCCGUUUGUGGUACCUGAUAAAGUCCUUUGGCCACAGCUGUGUGAGGCUUUAAACAUGAAAUAUAAAUCGGAGGUUCAGAGUGAUAGAGGCCUGUCAGAAGACAAUCUGGUAUUCCUCGCUCAGAAAGCCUUCAGCAGUUCCAGCAACAACCCUGAGGACUACUGCAACAUGACCAUCACCUGGUCUCAGUUUAAUAGGGAGAGUUUGCCGGGCAGGAACUUCACAUUCUGGCAGUGGUUUGAUGGUGUCAUUGAGCUUAUGAAGAAACACCUGAAGUCUCACUGGAAUGAUGGAGCUAUUCUGGGUUUCCUGAACAAGCAGCAAGCUCAGGACAUGUUGAUGUCCAAACCAAACGGUACAUUCCUUCUGCGCUUCAGCGACUCUGAGAUUGGAGGCAUCACCAUUGCAUGGGUGGCAGAAAACCCGAAUAAAGCAGGAGAACGAAUGGUGUGGAACCUGAUGCCCUUCACUACUAAAGAUUUUUCCAUCCGCUCUCUCGCUGAUCGGAUCAGUGAUCUGAACCAUCUGCUCUUUCUCUAUCCCAACCAGCCCAAAGAGGAAGUCUUCUCCCGUUACUGCACACCUCCAAACUCAAAAGCAGUCGGGGAUGGAUAUGUAAAACCAGAGAUCAAGCAGGUGGUGAAGGUUGAGUUUUCUUCACCCAAUCCUGAACCAUCUCCUGGGAAUUCCUUCAUGGAGCAUGCAGCAUCACCCAGUGUCAGUCAACACCAUAACUUCACAAUCUAUCCAUCAAUGAAUGACUCCAUGUUAGACACGGAGGGCGAAUUUGAUCUGGAUGAGACCAUGGACAUGGCCCGACAGGUGGAGGAAUUCCUGCGUCAACCUAUGGAAACUCAGUGGAGUGGACAACAGUCAUGACCUUUAACCUUUUGAUCUCUUAUGAGAACUACACAAAAACUCAAUGGUUCCAUUCCAUAUUUUUAUCUUAACAAAUGUGAAAUGUUAUGUUUUUGGACGCGUUAAUUGCCUUUGCAUUAUAUAUAUAGUCUGAUGUAGAAUUUCCCAUCAUUAGCCACCGAAGAACAAUAGAUAGUGAUACACUUAAAUUUGGCUGCAUAUGAGUGGCUACAUUACUGGCCCAGUAAAGAGCUUGCCAAUUGCAAUCUUUAAGUCCAGUCACACAGUUGGCUAACUGAAGACUUCGAUUGAGCUCUGAUUGAGCUUUCAGUUCUUGAGUCUUCUUGGUUUUCCCACCUUGAAAUGCUUUACAGCUACAUUCAGGGUUGCCAGGACUGCGAAAACAUAACCAGCAUAAAAUGUAGCCCAGUUGCAUUUUUUCCACCAUUUCCACCUUCUCCAAUGAAAUUGCAUUCAUAUACAUACAGAAUUUCCUGUUGUAUAAUUGAUUCUAUUGGUUUUCCAGUGUGUUUAAUUGUCUACCAAACUGCCAGUCCUGGCUAUCCCAGUUGAGAUUAGUGAGAGAUUAUUUCUCUCCAACUUAAGUUACAGCAUCCCUUAGCAUUGAAAAUAUAAUAAAUUUAGCACAUCAAUAUCCAUGCGUUCCAAGACAUUCACACUUUGAGAUAUUAGCUAAUGAAAUUUGCUGGGUGAUUAUUAUUAUUGUUUUCUUAACUUGGGAUUUGAAUUUUAAAUCUUUUUGGGAGCACUUCCUCUAUCAAACGGUUACAGAACUUAGUUUUUAGUUGUGUUGCCCCCUAUGGGUGGAAUUUGACACAAUUUGUCUUGAUUUCUUAGGAUUGUUUAUCUGAACCAAAUUACAUUUUCAACAAACUAUUUCUAACAAACUAUUCUUUCAAUACUCUUUUUAUUUUAUGUUUAGCUUUUUGGUUAAGGUUGAAGAGUGUAUAUUUUUUUAGUUCAAAUAUUCUUUCCUUCCCUUCAUGAUGGGCAGAGACACCGUUAUCUAUUAGUAAGUAAUUCCACCAAAAGUGCGAACACUGUGACUCUGUAUAGAUUUGUAAAUAUCACUCUGCCACCAACCCCAUAUAGCAACAUUUGCUCAGCCAAUGGCUUGGGUAAACAGCAUCUUCUCUCAUAUUAUGGUGGAUCUAUAUGUGUUUUAUCUUAAAAUGUGACAAUCAGUUGAAAACAGUACAUUGGCCUUUUCUGAUUAACUGACUCCCUCCUACCCCAGAUACCUAUUUUUCCCUCAGCCAUUCUUCCUGUGCCUUAAACAGCUAAGGUUUGUCCAGUAAAAACACCAAAGUCUGUUGUUAGCCUUCAAAUCUUUUGCUUACUUUUAAAUCCUCUCAGAUAUUGUAUAUAUUUAUCUGAAAUUCAGACACUUCUUUCUCACAUCUUUCUCCCAGUAAAUAUCUCUUUUAACGGUAAUCAGUGCACUUGAGAACCAAAAUUGGAUACCAGGAGUUAUUUGGGAAGUUUAUUUUUCUUACCCUAUUGGCAAAUUCUGCUUUUAAACAGUUUAAACCCUUUUGCAUGUAUAAAAAUGGAUUUUAUAGAUGUCAAAGCAAGUGUCUUUUAAAGGGCCAAAAAAAAAAAAAACUAAUGUAAAAGUUAAUGUUAGUCAAGAUAAAGUCACUCCCCUCAAGAAAAGAUCUCAGGAAAAUACACAUCAAAGAGAUGUUUAAUAGUACCUAUGCAGACACAGAAUUUUAUAUAGAAAAAUAACAAACAUCUAUAUAUAUAUAUAUAUAUAUUAAGAAAUGGUUAUAAUUAAAAUAGUGCUAUCUAUAAAUAUACUGUUGCAGAUAAAUUGAGCUUGAAUUGUCUUUAGAGCAACUGUAACAUGGUUUUAAUGUGUUCCUAAUGUGAUGGCUUGGCUUUAGUGUCUGUCUUAUUGUUUUCUGUAAAAUCUAUUUUUUUGAAUAUUUGUACUUUUUCCUAUUGUUAGAAAUAACAUUAUAUUAUGUUCUAUAUGUAAGGGAUAAAUUUCAGCCUGUCAUAAUAACUUAACAUAGGGAUGAACAGGACCUGGGGAAAAAGAGAUUGUCCUGGAAUUUUUUAUUUUUAUUUUUGGACUGUAAUGAUUGGCUAGCUGUAUGCUAACGCUUUUAUUACAUGGCUGCCUAACAAAUAAAAUUAUAAAUACAUGGUUA